AGUAAGUUUCUUUACCAGCGGCACACAGACAGAUAUAUUCAUAAAUACAGAGUUAGGUUUGGUGAAAGCCUCGGGGAAAAAAAGAGCUUUACUCUGCACUAUGGGUUUACCUUUCGAUCAAGUGGAAGAACUGCGUCUCUACCAGCAAACUCUCCUCCAGGAUGGACUCAAGGACAUGUUGGACCACAAUAAGUUUCUGGACUGUGUCUUAAAAGUCAAGGGGAAGGAGUUUCCCUGCCAUCGGCUGGUGCUGGCAGCUUGCAGCCCAUAUUUCCGGGCAAUGUUCCUCUCAGACAUGGAAGAGAGCAAGAAGAAGGAGGUCAGCUUGGAAGAUGUUGAUCCAGAUGUCAUGGGCAAGAUCCUCCAUUAUAUCUACACCUCUGAGCUGGAGAUCACAGAGCAGAAUGUGCAGGACAUCUUCUCCGUGGCCAACAUGUUCCAGAUCCCCUCCAUCUUCACCGUCUGCGUGUCCUUCUUGCAGAAGCGGCUUUGCCUCAGCAACUGCUUGGCUAUCUUCAGGCUUGGUUUGAUGCUGGAUUGUGCCCGGCUGGCCGUGGCAGCUCGGGAUUUCAUCUGCGAUCGCUUUGCGCUGGUCUCCCGCGAUGAGGAGUUCUACCAGCUCUCACCCGACGAGCUCAUUGCCAUCAUCUCCAGUGACUCCCUCAACAUCGAGAAAGAGGAGACUGUCUUCGAAGUGGUGAUGAAGUGGGUGGGGACCAAGGACCGUGAGAGCCGGCAGAAGGCCCUGCCUGUCAUCUUUGAAAGCAUCCGCUUCCGCCUCAUGUCCAAGGACUACAUCAAGGACCACGUGGAGAAGCAUGCCGUGGUGAAGUCCAGCCCAGAACUGCUCAAGAAACUGCAGAUGGUGAAGGAUGCCCAGCAAGGCAAAUUCACUGUGGUGAAGAAGAAGAAAGUGAAGACAAGCAGUGAAAAGCAGGCAAAAGAUAACGUUGUCAAUGGAGCAGUGGAGGAGGAGGAAGAUGCAGAGGAGGAUGCCCUUCCAGGGAUCCUAAACGACACAAUGCGCUUUGGCAUGUUCCUCCAGGACCUCAUUUUCAUGGUCAGUGACAGUGGAGCAGUGGCCUAUGACCCCACUGCCAAUGAGUGCUAUUUUGCCUCCCUGUCUGCUCAAAUCCCCAAGAACCACGUCAGUCUGGUGACCAAAGAGAAUCAGAUCUUCAUUGUCGGAGGACUGUACUACAACGAGGACAGCAAAGAGGAUCCCAUGAGCUCCUACUUCCUGCAGUACGACCAUCUGGACGCAGACUGGCUGGGCAUGCCCCCCCUGCCCUCCCCUCGCUGCCUCUUUGGCCUGGGAGAGGCAGAAAACUCCAUUUUUGUGGUCGGAGGGAAAGAACUGAAGGAGGGAGAGAAGACCUUGGAUUCGGUCCUGUGCUACGACCGGCUGUCCUUCAAGUGGGGUGAAGCUGAUUCCCUCCCCUACGCGGUUUAUGGCCACGCGGUGGUGUCGCACAAGGACCUCGUCUACAUCAUUGGCGGCAAAGGAAGUGACAAGAAGUGCCUGAAGAAGAUGUGUGUCUACAACCCCAACAAGUUCGAGUGGAAGGAGCUGGCUCCCAUGAAAACUGCCCGCUCGCUGUUUGGAGCCACGGUGCACAAAGACAAAAUCUACGUGGCGGCUGGUGUGACCGACUCUGGCUUGACCAACUCGGUGGAAGUGUACGACAUUGCCACCAACAAGUGGGACACCUUCACCGAGUUCCCACAGGAGCGCAGCUCCGUCAGCCUGGUGAGCCUGGCUGGGGUGCUCUACCUGCUCGGGGGCUUCGCCACGGUGGAGACUGAGUCGGGAGAGCUGGUGCCAACGGAGCUGAACGAUGUUUGGAGAUAUGAUGAAGAGCAGAAGAAGUGGGAAGGGGUCCUCCGGGAGAUCCAGUACGCCUCUGGUGCCACCUUCCUUCCUGUGCGCCUCAACGUUUUGCGGCUAACGAAGAUGUAGUGGGGCAGGAUUUACUUCUUCCCCUGGGGCCUGGGACAAGGAGGGAUGGGGGGAGGUGAGGCCAUGCUUAGUAGCACAGAGACAUGGCAGAGUUUCUUGAGAUACUGUGUAGGACAUUGCAUCUGUGAUUGGUACCAUUUUACUUGGUCAAAUGGGAAAGGGGGAAAAUUAUCUUGAGGUAUUAUGGGAAUUUCAUGAUGCUCACUAGAUAACUACAGAAGGACCCUAGAACCUGCAUGGAGCUGGGGUAGAGUAACAAACAUGGAGCAAUGAACUACUCCAGAACAAAACGAUUAUACUUCUGUUCCACUUCAGGUUUUGUCCAAUCUUCUCAACCACUGUUGAACCUCCCCAACCAACAGUGGAGGCAGAAAGUGUGUCUGAAGGAAUUAAGCUGAUGUUUUCCCAGACAAAGGGGUCUCUAAUAUAUUUCCUCACCUGAGGUGUGGUGCUAGAGCCCACCUUGGAGAGGAAAAGGAAGAGGCGAAGGCCAGUGGUGCAGGUCAGACCUUGAGGGGGACUUGGAUGAGUUCCCAAGUGAUGCAGGUUGUUGGGAUGAGACAGUUAAAAGAAAAAAGUCAUGUGAGCAUGGGCAGCAGAAAUUCGUAGGACAUUGCAAUGACAAGAAAAACGUUUUGGUUCUUCAUCUCCAUCCUGACUUUGGACUGAAGAGAUGUAAAGAGCUAAAGACUGCAGAAGGGGAAGAGUUGUGCUAGGAGUAGGGGAGGGAAGGGAAGAGAGACAGGCAGGGAGGGCCGUGAGCACUCAUCUCCAUCCUUUUGGGCUCCUCACCUUCAAUCACAGAUCACAGUGUCCUGACCUACAGUUGGACAAGUGCUGUUUUUCAGGGAAAGGUUUUUUUUAUUUAUGCUGUCUUUCAUUUUUAUUGUUCUGAACUUUUUUUUUUUAACACUAUUCUAAUUUGCAAAAUUCUUGGAGAUCUCAGCUCUGUUUGGCUCAAAGAGAGCUUCCUACUGAGAAAAAAAUGCAUUGUGUUUUUUUUUUUAAGUUAUCAUAAUGAUGUUUUGAUAGAAACAUGACUGUACUGGCAGCAGGACAGAGAUCUGUUAGAGCAAAAAUCUAAUGAUGUCCAUGCUGCCUGACCAGUGGUUUAUUUUAAAAUAAAUCUUUAAAAUGUUUCAAAAGAAAUUCCCUUUGUCUGCGUGCUUAUAGAGCCGUAACUGAAUGUCCACAGCAACCAAACACAAGGACCAAGCAAAAGCUGUGAUGAACACAUCCAGCAAACCAGCCCCAUGGAGAGUCCUAGCAGAGACCCAGAUUUUAUUCUUAUUUUCUUGCAUUUAUGAGCUGAAACUUUAGAGUUCAUAUCCUUAAAGUUUCUCCUUGUAGAUAUGAGGACUAGAAGCUUACCUAGGGAAAGGAAGAGGAAAGCCAGCUGGAUGCUUACAUGCCCUCAUGAUGCAGUGAACGGGGGUGACAAUAAAAAAGAACAAAUACAAACCUUGUAAACACCCUGAAAGUGGCAAUGAAAAUUACAGUAUCAAAAGUCUGGCUGAUUUGUCUUGCUCAAAAUGAAGUCUUGGAGAAACUAAAACAUGUUUGGA